GGACACCCCUGCAUUGCGCUGCCUCAUGCAACAACCUGUCCAUGGUCAAAUUCCUGGUUGAGAAGGGCGCCUGUAUUUUCGCCACCACUCUGUCGGACAAAGAAACGGCUGCCGAGAAGUGUGAAGAGGAUGAGGAAGGAUUUGACGGCUGUUCCCAAUAUCUUUACGGCAUUCAAGAGAAACUGGGAAUUUUGAAUUCAAAUCAAGUCUACGCUGCCUAUGACUACGAGUCUCAAAAUACUGACGAACUUAGCUUUAAAGAGGGAAACGUUAUGACAGUCAUCAGGAGA